AUGAUUAACCCCGACAAAUGCGGCAAAUUGGUGGCUCAAAAAGUGGAUCUCUUCGGUUUUGGUCACAGAUCCAAGUUCCGUGGGAGAACCCCAAAGCGACCAAACCCAGUGGGUCAACACACCAGUUUAACCCGUCCUUUGGACUUGCUGGGAAAAAAAAGAACACUACAAAACUCUCGCUUGACCUCCCUCCGUCGCUCGCGACUUGGCUUCCUUCGGCACUGCUACGGCUGGAGGAUCUCAACGCCCUUCAUUACGCGGUUCUUUUAUUCCUUGCUGAACGGACGGCUCUGGGAAGAUGAAGCCAGCCUAGCCAGGCAGGCGGUGGACAACAUGCAGGAGUUGGGCCCGACCUUUGUGAAGUUGGGACAGGUCCUUUCCAUCCGCCCAGAUGUCUUGCCACCCAAGACCAUGAAGGAGCUCUCUCGUUUGCAGGACGGCUCCCGUUUGGACCGACGCCAUGAUUCCAGCGGUGUUUUGAUCGAGUUCUGUGACGAUAUCGAAACCUUCUCCAACGAAGAAGCCCGCAAGGUCAUCGAGAAGGAGAUGGGAAAGCCCUUGGAUGAGAUCUUCUCCACCUUCUCCGAGGAGCCCAUCGCCGCGGCCUCGUUGGCGCAAGUCUAUCGCGCGACCUUGCGUGAGACUGGGGAAGAGGUCGCUGUCAAGGUGCAGAGGCCAGGUGCUUUGAACACCGUCUCGAAGGACCUCUACGUGCUCCGCCGCCUGGCCGACGUGGUGCAGCCGCUCAUCCGCCGCUUCACCGCCGAUGAGACGGACGAGAAGAUGGGGGGGGUCGACGGACUGGGGGACUACAUCGCACUGACCGAGACCUUUGCAGAGGGCCUCUACACCGAGUUGGAUUUCCGGAACGAAGCCUUGAAUGCCUUGCGCAUGGAGGAGUUGCUCAAAGACAGCCUCGGCGAAGAUUCCUUAGAGAAGAUCAUCAUUCCGACCCCGUUGAUGUCAUUGACCACGCGCCGGGUGAUGCUCUCUCAGUGGGUGAAUGGAGUGAAACUCAGCACCUUGCCACAGCAGGACGGUUUUCUGCUUGCGCCGGCUUUGGGCGUUAAGGGUGUUCGCAAGGCGUCGGCCAUGCCUCGGCCCAUUGGUGUUGGUUCCGAACUCGGAGUGGUCCAGGACAUUGGUUUCUUCCAUGGAGAUCCACAUCCUGGAAACCUCUUGAAGAUCACUGAAGGCGAUGAUGCUGGGAAGCUGUGCCUCUUGGACUUCGGCUUGGUCGCCCAGGUGCCCCGGAAGGACCGGGACAUCAUCGUCUCCGCCGUGGUCCACUUGGGAACUCAGAAUUGGGAGGCCUUGAUCGAGGACUUCCAGGAGUUGGGCUUUUUGUCGGAGGAUACGGACAAAGAUGCCUUGGUUCCAAUUAUGCAAAGGGUUCUGAAACCGUACUUGAAGGGUGGCGGAGCUCAAGCAUUUAAGAAUGCCAACUUCCAAGCCCUGACUCAGGAUCUUCUGAAGGUGAAUAUGGAAGUGAAGUUUUCCAUUCCACCCUACGUCUCGCUCUUGGCACGUUCAGUGGCGACACUGGAAGGCGUGGCUUUGCAAGGAGACCCGCAAUAUCAAAUUGUGGCCAUGGCAUAUCCCUUUGUCAUUCGUCGCUUGCUGAAGAAUGAUAGCCGCAUGUCCUUCUCUGCCUUGCGGGAGUUGCUUUACGAUCCCCACACCCGGAGGAUGCGGCCGCAACGGCUAGCCACCAUGCUUCAAGCCUCCCUGGGCGUGGUGGCGGACGCUGAGAGCCGAGAAGGCUUCAUCGACUUCGACUCUGUGCCGAAGGACAGUGCACCGGUCUCAGAGGUCGUGAAGUUCCUCCUGUCGGAGAACGCCUCCAAGCUGCGGCCGCUGCUGAACGCUGAGCUGGCCUAUGGCCUCGAUCUGGUGCUGCGUCGCACUGCUCGGCGCCUGCGGACCACCUUGAGGGACCUGCUGGUGCCCCGCGUGCCGCUGGUGGGCGUGCGACUACCACAGCCGCCAUUGCCUCCACUGCUGCUGCCAGUGCCACGAGAUUUGGAGAAGACAGGACCAGCGGCCUUCCAAAGUGGCGUUGAUUUGCUUGGCAUCGACGAGAUCUUCGAGGCCGUCUUCCCCGAGCUGAACACCUCCGAGGCUGAGCGGUGCCGCUGCCGCCAUGAGAGCGAUGUGGACUUUGACACCUUUAACGAGGCCGCCAAGGCGUGGAACUCUCAGAUGGAUGUUGCAAGCACCGGCUUGGAGCCUGCAGGGCUUGGAGCCGCGACAGAUGGAUACUACGAAUGGUUUGAGCUCAAGAACUUGGGCAUUCUCAACGAGGGCGACGAGCUCCCAGAGCCCACCCCCCAAGCGCUGCUGAACGCGCUGCGCUCAGUGGCACAGGGCCAGGAGACGCGAAGUGCCUUGACCAACGAAGUCUUGUUGGCGAUCGCUCAGGAACUGAAUCGAACUUGGAGGGCUCGCUUGGCUGCGGAUUUGCUCUUGGGCGACGAGCUCUCCCUGUCGAAGGCGCGCGUGGAUGCGGAGACCUUGAACAGGGAUAUGAAGCGAUGCUUGGGGGAGAUGAAGGAGCUCAUGAGAUUGUCCCGGAUGCUGGAGGAAUCGCAGCCAGCAGGAAGUCGCAGGCCUAGCAGUGCACCCGCUGGAGCCCGACACCGGAGGUCCGAGACCACGCGGCGGAGCGAGGUACGACGCUGCUGCCAGCAGGCAGAGAAGUCUUCCUCCCUGUCUCGAUCAGCAGCUCUGGGCGGCCAAUCAGACCAUCCAGGGUCAACGUCGCGUCCGUUUCUUCACUGUCCCCACACACCUUGGGACCUGGAUGCGGCCCAACGGAAGCAAAUGGUGGACGAUUUCAACGACACCCGGGCCUUGUAUCACUUCUUACGGCAAAGUAACUUGGGGUGAAGCUCACAGCCACGGCGCCUGGGUCGCCUGGGCGAGCAGUUGCCGUUUUCGUAGACCGCUCCGUGUAUCGUAGAGACUGCAGACCAUUCGCGCUGCAAAGACUGCAGCGGCGAAGCUCGCUUCGACGAAAGCCGUUGUGCGUCAGAAUGGGGUCAAAGGGCACGUCAGGUGCCAUGAAGUGUGACCUUUUCGGAGACUUUUUGAGGUGAACCGUACUGUCAGAGGAGGAUGAAAAUAAGAUUAACUAUAGGGUUUGACCCAUCACGCAGGGUGAUGUGAUCAAAAAGGAGGUCGAGUGAGGGCAGUCGUUUCGUCGCCUCAAGCUUUGCCUUACUGAGGAAGAACAAAGCCAUGCUGCAGGUGUUGAUACUGCGGUUUGGAUAGGUUUGGAUUGUUUCAUCCGGUCCUGUUUUCACGUGUUUUCAGAGUUGCCAUGGUCGCAAAAACCGGGCCACACCGGAC